GAUAAUGCUAUAAGCAUUAAGUGUAAAUGAUGUAGCAAAGUUGUUGUCCACACCAAAGGUUGUAGUGGCUGGCUGGCUUUUGAUGUUUUUCUUUCAGAUUUGUAGUCAUAAAACCAAAACCUCAUGUGUGGCAAGUUAUUGUAAACGUUGCCAACCAUGAAUCAAAUUGACACAGUGUUUCUGAUUUAAUUUUAGAAAACAGCCCUGGGUCCAUCCUGUAUUGUUGUGCAUUGUCUGCUGGCUCGGCAUGGAUUUAGCUUUUAGGCCUUGUUAGUUAUGCAGACAUGGAUAUAGGAUUUCAUUUGUUCCAUUUACCAAAUCUCAUGUUCACUUUGCUUAUAUAAAUGCAUAUUGGCUGUUGCACACACCCAGAUACCCAGUCUCUAAUGUUCAUACCCACAUUUGCAAGACCUCACCUGUGUUCCAGCAAAUACCCAUGAUUGUUCACUUGACCAAUUGCUGAUCUUUCUCGCUUUCACUAUUUCACUCUCUCUCCCCCUCCUAUUAUUUUUUCCUGUUUGUGGGGUCUCCCCUACCCUUUGGCAGUUCAAGCCCCAGAUUCCAGAGAUGUGGCUGCAGCUUGAGCUAUUAAUACAGUUUGUUUAGUCAGUUUCCUAGCAGGCUGCAUCAAACACUGCACGGCUGUGUCUGAUUAUAGCUGGGACUCGGUCCCCUACACCUGCUGAGUCGGAGAAAUCCAAGUUCACGGUGGGACUCUGGCAGUGGCUUAAUGAGAAGGACAGGAAUUAAAGCACUUUGAGUGCUUCCAUGUCACCUUGGAUGAAAGGAGGCGAAAACAGUUACACUGCAGGCUCUUUGCAAAAAUGGGGGAUGACCGACCUUUUGUGUGCACUGCUCCUGGCUGUGGACAGAGGUUUACCAAUGAGGACCACUUGGCUGUGCACAAACACAAGCAUGAGAUGACACUGAAAUUUGGACCACCCAGGACUGACUCCGUCAUUAUUGCAGACCAGACACCUACUCCCACCCGCUUCCUAAAGAACUGCGAGGAGGUGGGUCUGUUCAAUGAGCUAGCCAGCUCCUUCGAGCAAGAUGAUGAUGAAAAGAGGGCCAAGAACUCUCUCCCUGCUCCCAACUCUGUGGCUUUGGACAUGAGCCAGCAGACACCAUCAGAUGUCAAGGUGAAAGAGGAGGCGCUGGUAGAAGUCGACUCCUCGCCACCAGGCAGCCCUGAAUCUGUCAAGUCAGACAGCAACAGAGGGCCUCUGGUUAAAGGAAAGGACACACCACCCAGGAGUUCAGCCCCCACCCCGACUAUUGUGCGUCCUGGUUCCCUCCCGCUGCACUUGGGCUUUGAUGCCCUCCAACCCACCAUGCCAUCACCCACCUCUGUCAUCACACAGGCACCGCCUUCUAAUCGCACUCUGGGGUCUCCAACCAGCCACUACCCCAUGAUGAUGCUUCCCUCGGGUCAGGCACUGCCUGUGCUCCCUGGUCCUGUGCAGAUGCCCUCUGUCAUUAAUCUGGCUCGACCCAUGUGCAUGGUACCCAACAUUCCUGGGAUCCCUGGUCCUCCUCUGGGAGGCAGCGGUAGCGGCUCUAACUCCCCCUCUGGCUACAGCAUCCACUCAGAGGCCAAGAUGCGUCUGAAGGCUGCACUAUCCCAGCAGAGCCCGUCAGGACAGAGUAUGGGGGUCAUGGCCAUGGGCAGCAGCCCCAUGGUGCCUCAGAAGGCAGAGCAGAACCAGCUGCUUGUCCAGCAGUCUGAUGCUCCUUCACCUGCACAACCUCAGGUUUCUCCUGCACAGCCUACAGGUGGGCGGCGGCGGCGGACAGCAGACGAUGACCCCGAUGAGCGAAGGCAGCGCUUCCUCGAGAGGAAUCGGGCCGCGGCGUCGCGCUGCAGACAGAAACGCAAACUGUGGGUUUGUUCUCUAGAGAAGAAGGCUGAGGAGCUCAGCACCCUGAAUGUCUCGCUGUCGAAUGAAGUGUCUCUGUUGCGGAACGAGGUGGCUCAUUUGAAGCAGCUGCUGCUGGCCCACAAGGACUGUCCUGUUACCACCCUGCAGAAGAAGACUGCUUACUUAGCUGCAGAGGAGAGCAUGAAAGACACCUCAGAACCUACAGGUUCUCCUGCCCCAGUGAUCCAGCACAGCUCUUUGGCGCCCAGCCCCUCCGCAGGGCACAACGGCCUGAGCUCAAGGGCAGCAGCUGAGGCCAUGGCUAUGUCUGUGCUGGCAGGAAUGGGCCAGCAGCAGAGGGCUGAGAGUGGACCCUCUCACAUUAUCAUGGCUGCACAGUCUCAUUCUGCUGCCAGAUGAUGAGCGAUGCCACCACGGCCCAGACUUGGCUCGACACCUGGGGGCAUUAAAGAGCAGCGACUACCCCAACACCCUUUACCCCCCCAAACUUCCCCAUUCUAGACGUCCAAAUGUCUUAUCUUCCCCUUCCCCUUUCCUGCUCUGCUCUCUCUGACCCCCCUCCCCCCCGUGGAGCCAUCAUAGCUGUGGCCUGGAGCUCAGUAGCAGCCUUCUGGGAAUGGACUGAGACAUUUGAGAGAGCUUCCUGUUCACGUUGCCAGAGACUACAGGGGCUGGACUCCAACCCCCCACUUUCCAUCACACCCCCAUUCAUACCCCUUAUCCCAUUUUCCUCUGUGCCUCCCCGCUCAUCUCUCCUCUCCCUCAGUCAAAAUGAGUCUUCACUGGACUGCAUCACUCUUGAGUGUACUGUCGUCAUACACUUCCCAUGUGGACACAUAACAUGCUUGCACAGUUUAAGACACACAGGUGUUCCAUAAACAUUCUUGAUCAAAUUAGAUACCAAGCAACACACACAGGGCUUUGCACAGUUUUCAGGAGGGAAUAGUGCCUUGUGCUCCUUGAUAUUUUAGCCAUGCACAUACGCCCACACAUGCCACCUCACUAUACAUCCGUACACAUCCUUGGCUCCAAAGAUGAAAUAGUUGUCUAGACUUCACUUACUCAGCUCUCAAAUAUACACCCAAACCUUUUUUGAAAGGUUUCACUUGAAUGUGAUCUGAACAUGGGCCUUACCUCAUUACACCCCUCUUUGAUAAAAUCUAUAAACUGUGUGAUUGGCUCUGUGUGUAUAUAUUAAUGUACAUCAGAACAUAGCAUUUUGCCUAUUCCUGAUCUGAUAUAUUAAUAAUUAGAUUGUUAGCAUGGGACUUUUUCUAUUAGGGUGUUACAUUGUUGAUACCGUAUGUGCAGCUAUAUUUUCUAAUUAGUUGGCACAUCCUCCCAGAUUAGUCCACAAAACCAAAAUUGUCUAGGACAGUGUAGAGUUUUGUUAGAGCUGUUUUUUUCUGAUCUCCUCUCCUUGUCAUAGUUCUAAAACAGGCGGUUUAACUGUUUAUUUGUUUGUGAGUAGAUGCCUUUCCCCACUUUAUUGGAGUUUUUACUUGUGACUGAGAUGCUCUGUGUGGGUCCUGGACUUAGUGUAACUGUUAUUUUCACACUUCUCUGGAUGGUUGCACAUCCUUGCUGCUCGUUGGAAGAGUGCGAUGACCAUCUUAGCCUCUCUGCUCCUUACCAAACAUAAAUUAAGCCAUAGUGACAACAAAUCAGAUCUCUGAAUUUCCAAAGACCAUGUGGUACCUGGUCUGGAGCAGGACUGUUAUUUUGUGAUUCAGAGGUCACAUUGAAACAAUCUGCAAUAUAUUACUGCUUGUUACUUGCACUUAAACACACACUUAGUCUGAUAGUUUUGCCUUAAGAUCACACCGAUGCCUCAGAUUUCCCCACCUAAAACACAAGCCAAGUGUCCUAAUUUGUUUAUUUCAUCAAAUUAAAGGCAACUAAUGUUGUUGAAGAAAAAUUAGUCUCUUGCAUAAAAUGAUACAACACUUGUCUGUCAUCUGGUGGAGAGACGGAUGAUUUGAAGGACUAAACAGUUCUGUUGUCUUGUGACUUUUUUCUGAAGGGUUCAAGACCUGUAGAAAUUUCAACAAGAUAUCUUGACAUUUUUACAUAAACACCUAAACCAACAGCUUGCUUUGCCUUUAUUUUUUUCCUGUAUAUUUUUGUCCUUCUUUUGUCUGAUAUGAGCAUAUAUUUACAAGAUGUGGUAUUUCAUAAACAAGAUAUCUGUCCAUUAACAAAAGGGCGUGUUUUUAUGCACUAAAAAAUUCAAGUUUUUAUUGUUGCUUUGUAUUUCUAUUCUUUCAGUCUUUUUCAGAGAUAUCAGAUCCUUUUUUAAAUAAUGUUUUCCUCUUAUCUGUACUGUAUAACAGAAUGGGAAUUAGCUCAGCAACUGUAACACCUUCCACCUUUGACUGAACCUCGUGUUCUACAGUCAAAGUGGCGACCCCAGCGUUGUGUUGUAUGUUGGAGCUGGCAUUAUAUUUCGCUGGCAGUCCCUUAUAGCUGAUUAUUCGUAUGAAUUGAAAAUUCUGAUGGUAUUUUGUCUUCAUGUACUUCAUGUCAUUGGCACCUUUUCUGUCAUUUCUUGGUUUCCUAUGUUUCUUAUGUUAUGUGCUAUUUUCAGCACAGUCAUAAUGCUUCUGAUUUUACUGAAGAAUAUAGAAACUAAUCUCUUUAGCUUUACAAAAAAUGUCAGUAGUCCUUUUUCAAAAAGAAAUUUUAUCUCCUUUGUUACGUCUUUAAAGAUGAAUUUGGUAAUGUCCUUUGAUGUCCUUGUCUAACUUAUUUUUAAAUUGGUCAAAUGACAACUUUCAUCAUGGUCUUUGGUGUAUAAAUGUUACCUAGAAUUGUUAUGAAAAGAGCAAGUUAAUGAAAACUGCAACAAUGUGAAAGUUGCACGUAGUGUAUUAAUGGUUUUUCACACUCCCAUUGUUGGACUGAUGAUUUCAAAAUCAUACUUGUACUGUACAUAUCUGUACUAUAUGAAUAUAUUUACUUUUCCAUGCAUGCCCUGGUGGAAUACGAUGAACACUUACAGUGCUGCAGUUUUAAUUAAAGAAACUACAUCUUAAUGAACUUCAUAUGGUUUUAUUUACUUGUUUUCAGCUUAGAUUCACAAUGACAAAUGUGUUGUCAUCUUACAUAACGAGUAGCAACUUGCAGCUAGGGCUUGGUAAAUGUGGUAUGAAAGGUAGUGCAUUUGAGAAAAUAAAGU